AUGGCCGCUGCUGCAAUCCCUUCGAUCACACCAGAUUCAUUUAGAUAUCAAGAUUUAGUUUCUCAAGUACAAGCAAUUCAAAAUCAAGUGACUGAAAUCGAAAAUAUUCUAAGUGAUCGAUGUAAAAAUGAAAACAACAUUCAAAGUCAAUUAAAAUCUCGUUUAUUAACAUUGAUUGAUCCAUAUGGUCAUCAUAUCAGUGAGAAAUUUCUGGAUCAUGAAUUGAUUGGUAAAAUCAUUAAGCAUUUCAAGAAGAAUUAUGUACCCAAAUAUUUACAAAAAUGGAUCAAAAUCGGUAUAAUGAAAGAAAAUAUCUUCUCAUCAUUAACUGAUAGUGAAUUAAAUUCACCGGUUUCUUAUUAUGUAAAUAACUCUCAAUUUAUCACAUAUGGUCAGGUGACUGUAUGGUUUGGAAGAUACAGACAUUCACCACCAGAUAAACUUACAGUGUCGAUUCAAUUGAUGGAUACAAUCGAAAAGAUUAAAUCAGAAAUAUGUAAACAACGACAAUUGAAUAAUAUUGAAAUAAAAUUUUGUACAAUUCAUCAAAAUGUACAACCUAAUAGAGAAAAUUGGUUUAAUGGUACAACCCUGCAGCUAAAUGAUACAGUUAUGUCAUGCCGAUUAUACCAAGAUAAUUGUAUUAUCAUGGCAAAAAUCAUUCCGGAACAGGACACAAAAUUUAAUACUCCACGUGAUAUAUGUAUAACAGAACUUACUGGAGCAAAAACCUAUUUACAUGUUGAUUCAUCAACAACAAUAGAAGAUCUAAGAGCAUUAAUACAAGAUAAGAAAGGUAUUCCUCCUGAUCAACAACGUUUAAUAUAUAUGAGUUACCAAUUGGAAGAUGGCAGAACAUUAAGGGAUUAUGAUAUACCGAACGAAGCUACGCUCCAUCUAGUACUACGUUUACGAGGUGGAAUGUAUCAUUGUACUAGUGGACGAGCAGAUUUCGAUGACUUACCAUAUAGUGAUGCAAAUGUUGUUGAAAAUGUUUUCAAAUUCCAGCUUAGUGAUAUGAAACGAAUACAUCGUCUAUCAUCAAGGAAGUUACAAGAUUUUGUUGAACAAGCACGUACUAUUCUGGCUGAUUUAUAUCAUAAAAUUGAGAAUGUUAACGUACAUCAUCCACUUGCAGAUUUAAAGAAUAUCAUACAUCCACGAAUUGAUAAUCAAGAAGAAAGCAGUGACAGUAGUGAAGAUGAUAGUCAAUGA